AUGAGCAAGAAUAUUUUAAAACUAUACUAUUUUGACACGCGUGGACGUGCUGAAUUUAUUCGACUUAUCUUGGCUGCUGCUAAUCGUUCUUAUGAUGAUGUUCGCAUUGAUUAUUCUCAAUGGUUUGAUUAUAAACCGAAAAUAUUAAUAGGUCAAAUUCCUAUGCUAGAAUUAGCUGAUAAAACUCAAUUGACCCAAUCAUUAUCUAUUGCUCGUUAUUUAGCACGUGAAAUGGGUCUAGGUGGAAAAACUAAUCUUGAAUCUGCUAAAAUGGAUGCUGUUGUUGAUACUCAACGUGAUAUGAAUGAAACAUUAUAUAAUUUAAUUGAUUUUGAAAAACAAGACUUUAAAGAUAUGCAGAAAGUUAACAAGUUUAUCAACGAAGAUCUUUGUAAACAUUGUGAUAAUUUAAGUAAACUUAAAAAUGCUUAUAGUAAAAAUGGUCAAUAUUUUGUUGGUAAUGAAUUAUCAUGGGCGGAUCUUUUUAUUUACAAUUCUAUUGAUGAUUUAUUUCGAUUUUUACCACAAGUGAAAGAUAAAUUUGAUAAUCAAUUCAAAGGAUUAUUUGAUACAAUUCAUAGUAUUAACAAUAUCAAAAAAUAUUUGGAUCAAAGACCAAAAGUAGCCUAUCGAUUUGGUUAA